AUGUCUGUGAUUGGCAUCGAUUUCGGUAACGAGGGCUGCUAUGUAGCGGCUGCCAGAUCCGGCGGCAUAGAGACUCUUGCCAAUGACUACAGUCUGCGUGCAACACCCUCAUUUGUGGCAUUUGAUGGCAAGAAGCGCAUCAUUGGCGUUGCCGCCAAGAACCAGCAGGUGACAAACAUGAAAAACACAGUUGGCGGCUUUAAGCGUCUGCUUGGCCGCAAAUUCAACGAUCCGCAUGUACAGCAUGAACUCAAGAGCAUUCCAGCGCGCGUGGAGCCGCGCAGUGAUGGCAGCAUUGGCAUCAAAGUCAACUAUUUGAACGAGGAUCAGCAUUUCUCACCGGAGCAACUGACGGCCAUGCUGUUCACGAAACUGAAAGAAACUUCGGCGGCUGCCAUGCAAACGCAGGUGAAUGACUGUGUCAUCACCUGUCCCAUAUUCUUCACCAAUGCCGAGCGUCAGGCGCUGCUCGAUGCCGCACAAAUCGCGGGACUGAAUGUGCUGCGCCUGAUGAACGAGACAACGGCCACGGCUCUGGCCUAUGGCUUCUACAAGAACGAACUGUUCGAGGACAAGCCGCGUAACGUUAUCUUCGUUGACUUCGGCCACUCGGCGCUGCAGGUCAGCGCCUGUGUGUUCACCAAGGGCAAGCUGAAGAUGUUGGCCAGCAGCUGGGAUCAGAUUGGUGGGCGCGAUAUCGACUUGGCACUAGCUGAACACUUUACCAAGGAGUUCCUCGAGCGCUAUAAGAUCAAUGCCAAGAGCAAUGCUCGCGCCAAUGUGCGUUUGCUGGCCGAAAUCGAAAAGUUGAAGAAGCAAAUGUCCGCCAACAGCACCAAACUGCCUCUGAAUAUUGAAUGCUUCUUGGACGACAUCGACGUUAGCUCGUCCAUGCAGCGCUCCCAAAUGGAAGAGCUGUGCGCUCCAAUUCUACAGCGUGUCGAGCAGACCUUCAAGAAACUUUUGGUCGAAUCAAAGCUGUCUCUGGACGAUAUACACUCUGUGGAGAUUGUGGGCGGCAGCACUCGCAUACCGGCUGUCAAGCAGCUCAUUGAGCAGGUGUUCAACAAACCGGCCAGUACCACACUUAAUCAGGAUGAGGCAGUCUCGCGCGGAGCUGCUCUGCAAUGCGCCAUCAUGUCGCCGGCUGUGCGCGUGCGCGAAUUCGGGGUAACUGACAUACAGAAUUAUGCCGUGAAAGUGCUCUGGGAGGGUGAUGGCACAUCAUCGAGUGGCGAAGUUGAAAUCUUUCCGCAAUUCCAUCCGUCACCAUUCAGUCGUCUGGUGACCAUAGCUCGCAAGAGUCCGUUCGUUGCGUCCAUUGUGUACGGCCAACCGGUGCCGUAUCCGGAUCAAACUAUCGGCACCUGGAAAAUCAAGGACGUCAAGCCAACAGAGCGUGGCGAGAGUCAGGAUGUCAAGCUGAAAGUUCGCAUUAAUCUUAACGGAAUUGUCUUGAUUUCGUCGGCCGUGCUCGUUGACCGAAAGGAGCAGGAAGAGACUGCCGCCGCAAACGAAAUGGCUACCGACGAGAAGGCUGCCGGAGGAGAGCAAGCUGGACCCAAUGCUGGCGAGCAAGCGGAAGCCCAACCUGAGGCAUAUUUUGAGAAUGAGGAUGAUAUUAAUACAUCAACAGCCUCAUCACCUGGCGGACAAGGGUGGGCACAACGGGUCAAGGGCUGGUUUGGUUCGGGCAAUGACAAAACAAAAAAGAAGACCAAAAAGGACAUCGAGCUGCCAAUGGAGCCCAUCACUCAUGGCUUCGAGCCAGCUGUCUUGAGCGGCUAUGCACAGCAGGAGGCUAAGAUGAUUGGCAACGAUCAGAAGGAGACGGAGCGCAUUGACGCCAAAAACGCAUUGGAGGAGUUCGUCUACGAUAUGCGCAACAAGCUACACGGUGGACCUCUUGAGCGCUAUGUGGUUGAGUCCGAUCGCGAGUCGAUUGUAGCGCAGCUAAAUGAUCUCGAGAACUGGUUAUAUGAGGAUGGCGAGGAUUGCGACCGUGAGACUUACACCAGUCGCCUGACGGCGCUGUUGCAGAAAACCGAUCCGAUCAAGCAGCGCGCCCACGACUACGAGCAGUGCCCGGCUGCUUUCGAGGAGCUAAAGAACUGCAUUGCUGUGGCCCGUCAGGCAGUGGCCGAGUUCCGCAAGGGUGUGCCCAAGUACGAUCAUUUGACGGAGACCGAGUUCAUCAACAUAGCCGAAUCUGCGGACAAGGCGCAAAAGUGGCUGGAAACCAAUCUGUCAAAAUUCACGCAAUCGCCACGCACAGUCGAUAGUCCUGUUACCCUGCAGGCAGUGCGCCAUGAGGUGAAUUCCUUGACUAGCUGCGUCAACUCUGUCAUUAACCGCGCGAAACCGAAGCCAGCUGCCAAGACAACGCCACCGCCAAAGGAUGCUGCGGAACAGAAUGGCGGCGAGCCAACUGCCGGCGGUGACAAAAUGGAUGUGGACAACAAUGGGCAGAACGUAGGCAGCAACUCACCCAGCGAUGCUGCCAUGGACGUUGAAUGAACAAUGCGUCGUACGUCGUCGGCGGUUAUUGAUAUAUUUAAUAAAAGAAACGAGUAUAGAAACAAAUCAAAUAUAUAUGGUAUUGGCUAACGAUAAAAACAACAACACAAAACUUAACUUUACGUCUAUAAACCAACAUGAAACAACAACAGUAAAAAUUGUAUAUGCACUUUUGCUUUCCUGACGCAUCAGAAUCAGCAAACUGGCAAACUGUAAACAAACCCUAAAUGUGUAAGCGUAUAAAUAAAACAAACGAUUUGAUCAAGUGCAGCAGACGAAGAUAUAGCAGUGGAAUCGGAAGUUGAAGUGACGGACAGACAGAGCUGCUCUACGGAUGGAUGCAACAACUUAAUACAAACAUUUUCUAAUCGACCAUUUUUGCAUAUAGUUGAAUAACAACAAAAACCGACAGUAAAUGAAUGGAAUUCAAAUAAUCAAAUAAAACCGUAAUGAUGAUUCCAAAAA